AUGCCUUCUGGUUCUGCCGAUCCGGAUGACAUAGAGGUUUCCAUUUUCAGGGAAAUCAGGCAGAGUUGCGUAGCUCUUUCACAGAUCACUUUUGCACCGCCAGAAACUUUUACAUCUAGGGAACUGGUGGAUGCCCUCAAACAGCUUGAUUCCAGACUAACUCAGGUCAUUGAUAGCUUAGCGGAUACGAAAUCCUACGGAAUUUCCACAAGUCUUGCAGACUACAUUUUCGUACCAAUAGCGUACCUGCUAAAGCGCCCCGUGAUUGAGGAGACGGAAUUGGAGUAUACGUUGUCCAUUAUAAAUACUCUUAUCAAAAGAUGUUGGGCAUUUCCAGGAAGCCUUCAAAUGGAGAUGGCACAGCAACUUCUGCCAUUGAUUACAUUUCUGAUUGGGGGAAAGCCAAACUUAGAUGUGAAUGAACUUCCUGAGCAUGUUGAUGAGACGAUCUCGAAUGGAGUCGACUGUCUCCAAAAUCUGCUGGGUGGUAUCAAGAACCAAGGUUCCAAAUAUUCGGAUGAAUUCUUAAACGAUCCCAAAAACAUGCUUUCUGUUGGACAUAUGGUCACUGUUUUGUUGAUGUUUGUUCAAAAAGGACAGUCGGUAAGAAUUCAAGUUCAAAGCUUGGAGGUUCUAAGUGAUCUGUUUAAGAUGUUCCAUGAUGGUGAAACUUUAUCCUUUAUGCUACCGGGAGUUGUUUCAGCGAUCACUAAAGUUUUGAAGCAGAAAACGCGUCAGAAGGUGAUUGCAAAAUCGCUGGACCUGCUGAGCACCGCUAUUUGCUUUGUUUUUGAUGACUUCGAUCUGGGAAUUGAGACGAUUGAUAAAGGGGAAACCCUCGACGAUGUCAAAGAACACGACAUGGGUGUUGAGCAUAGCGUUCAUCUUACAAUUUCUACCUCUGAUGAUAAAAAAUUGCACAGAACUACUAGCUGGUUGAAGGCUACCGUAUAUCAGCUUCAAAAGGCAUUCAAGAUUAUUUUGAAAUUAGAUGACCGAAUUGAUGUAAAGGAACCAUAUUUCACACUCUGUUCUUCCAUGAUGAGCCGCUGUUUUCUAUCUUGUUCAAUACUGAUGCCACAAAUUCUUGAUUGCUUAGCGCAAGUGUGCAAUGACGAAGAAUAUUACACAAAGUUUACAGAAGUCCUAGCUUUCAAUUCUCAUGUUCCAGAGGUCCUCAAAUUGAUUGAAGGUGAGUUGGAUAAGGGAAUUGGGAUAAUAACGAUGGCUCUGAGAUCACCCGAUUCUUCUAAGGCAAUUGGACUCUUCAACAAAUUUUCUUUUUACUUCUCGGUACUAUUGGAAUUUGGGUGGAAUUAUUCCGUGCUGGGGGAAAAGUUGAUCUAUACCCUCCGAAACGAGCUGACGCUACUCAAUAGAAAAAAGAAACAACCAAAGCCGAUAGAGGUGUCUUAUGGUGAUGAACUCCUUUCGAUAAUCCUGACCUCGGAUUUCGAGGUAUCUGAAAAAGUGUGGUCUUUGAAUGACAUUCUCGACGUGGAGGUCGAGAAAUCGCUGAUGAAGAUGCUCUCUUAUUUAGGGCAUAGAGGCGCAAGCUUCUUACAAUAUAUAUUAUUUGAUUUGCCACCGACUGAUUCAGUUGAUUUGGCACUGGCAGAGUCCAUGAGCUUAUGGCUUGUCAUGAGAUCAGUGCAAAAGACAGGUCUGCAUCACGAUGACUAUCUUACUGAUGACUACAAAGACAACAGCUCUACAGAGGUCACCUACAGCCUAUUGGAGAAAGCUGGGGAGCUUUUGAGUUUUGCUGCUAUCCACGAAGAGCCUGCUCUUACCAAGGCAACAAUCAUUGGGCUGCAAUGUAUCGAGAAGGCGUGCGACAUACUUGGAAAUGAUUUUCAUUCAGAACUUGUCGAUUACCUUUACCCAGUGGUGGACAGCCUUGCAUCACCGAAUGACCUGAUUCGUUUGCAAGCGCAGAAAGUGAUAUUGAAGAUUGCGGAUCAGUUAUACGAGGGAUCAGUGGAAAGGCUCAUUUCAGAAAAUUGCGACUAUUUAGCCGACAAACUAUCAAUCAAUAUGACUGGCGAAACCAUUACUCCUCGAACCCCCAUGAUCGUGGGGGUCCUAGUUAAAAUUGGAGGGAUAGAGCUUGUGUCGCAAUUGGACGAUAUAAUAGCCACUAUAUUCACACUUCUUGAUGUCUAUCAUCAAUAUGCCACCCUCUGUGAGGGUUUCUUUUUUGUGUUUGAUCAGAUUAUUGAUCAGGUUUAUAACAAUGUUCUCUCGGGUGUGAGCUUGAAAGAUUUGGAACAGAAUUAUGAGGAUGUGAACGUGAUUUAUCCUGCACCAUGGGGCUUAAGAAAUCUUGAGCAGGUUUUUGACUUCGUUGAAAAGCAGGUUGAGCUUCUGGACGAUGAUCACGAGACUGUCGGUGAAGUAAUUGAGGAACCAAUAAAGAAGGAGAAAAUCCUUGAGGUUGAUAGCGACGAUGAAUCAGAUGCCGAAACGAAUUCUGUUGUUUCAUCUCCGGAAGACGACACAAAAUGGAUGUCGCCAAUUACACCAAAACAGUAUAAAAUCCUAGCAGAAAUACUUCAGUACAGCGAGCGGUUGUCUAAGCACCGUUCUAUCAAAGUUUCAGCCAUUGCAUUGGGUUUGAUUAAUAAACUGAUACCCAUCUUGGCAACUGAGAAAACGAAGUUCCUUCCCAUUGCUGCUUCCAUUUGGCCUACAGCAGCCAGCUUCGUUACUAAUGAUGACCUCAAGCUGGCAUGUUCAGCAUUGAGCGUAGUUCACACGUUGAUAAGUUAUGCCAAUGUGUUCUUAACAAGCAGGUUUUGUGACUUGGCAAAGCUCCUGAUUACGAAAUAUCAUGAGCUGAUAAAAAAGCAUGAAACAAUUUAUAGAAGGCGGAGAGAGAAUGCAACGAAAUGCAUGGUGAAUAAAACCAGCACUACCACCAACUUUGAAAGCCGGAUAUUUGAACAGUUAGCUGUUCUCUGCAAGACAGCUCUGCUCAAGCUUGGCAGGACUCUACCAUUGGAAACUGCUCUAGAUAUUGCCAGUGUGGCAUAUAUCUAUGAUGAUGAUGAAACCCAUUAUGCAUUUUACGAUGACGUUAUCUAUUAUUUCAAAAAGAAGGCUUGA